GAAGAGAGAAUAAUAGUUAUUGUAGCUUUGAUCAAAAUAAAAAAAUAUCUCAUCAUUUAUUAAAUUCCAAUAUGCAUAUCUAUUAGACUACAUUGUCUAAUAUAUAACGAAAACGACUCUCGUUUUGAUCUGAUAAAUAGAAGAAAUUUUUAAUCCUGAUAUGAAAUAUAUCGAAAUAUUAUUAACGACAUCAAAAUAAUGAUCGAAGAAAGAACAAUUUCAAUUAAUAAUUAAUAGCGAUUGACACGUUCAACUGAGAACAUGGCGAAUGUGUUAACAGAGGUUAUGUUUUAAAAAUUGUUUAUGAUUGAAAAAUUAAAUUAUUAAAUAAUUGAUACAACAGUAUCACGAUGUUAUAUGAAAGCAAGUUAAGUGUUUUUAUGAAGAUUCACAUUCAGUACUGUGAUACAAACUUCGUUAAGUAAAUGAAUAAUAUAAAUUAUUUCAUUCAUCUGUACAUUAUUGAUUUUAUAUACAAAAUUAUAAAAAGUACAAUAAAUAUACAAAGGAUAAGAAAGUGUUGUACUGUAAAGUGUAAUGAGCGGAUCUAGUUUUCGAGAAAAGGUCAUUGAACCACGGAAUAUUCAUCCAAAUGGCCCAAUUGGUGCUUAUCGUGGGACCUGUUCAUCUCACCCUCGUUUUAAUCAUCCCCGUUUACUUCAUAAUAGAUUACCAACACUGGACAAUUGGUCAGGAAGAUCGAAGCACGACUUACGUUUUGUCUCUUGGAACAAUGUUAAAUUUCAACGUCCCAUAUUUCGUGGUGCAUCCCAUUUUCGUCACCAUAACAGAGGAUGGAAUCAUAGAGAAAAUGUACGUUUUCCUAAUUCUAAUAGAUCAUCCACCGUGCCAUAUUCCUCAGAACAUAAUAAACAUGGAGGAAGUACUAAAACAACGUUUAUGCAAAACUUACACGAUGGAGAGGAUCAAUCAAAAAAUAUUAAACGUAAACAAUGUUUACAAGCAAUUCCUUUACUUGGAUCUGAGGAAGAACGUCAAAAGAAAAUCACUGAGACUGCAGUUAGAUUAAAAGAAAAAUUAUCUAUCAUUACCAAAGAAGAUAUUACUAAUCUUUGGGGAGAUGAUCUGUCGUCGUCUAUUGUACCAUCGUCUAACAUAAAAGACAAAAAUACACUUAAGUUAGGAGACGAACAGCCUGAACUUAAUCUUUCUUGUAAUAAUUUUAAAGAUUUAGAUAAGAUUGACUCGGACAAUGUAAAGUCUGAUAAAAAUAAUGACAUUAAUGAAGCUAGAAGUGCAUUUAAUUUUAUACAUGACAAUGUCAAGGAAGUAAGAAAUAAUAUUAAAGACAGAUUUGAACAAAACGCGACAGAUAUUGAAAAAAACAUUCUAAGCGAUGAAUCUGUCACGAUUAUUAAUGAUAACAUUGUAACAGAAAGUAAAUCGCUAAAAGAUAAUGAUACCAUUAAAGAUAAAGACACCAAUUCUCCACAUUGUACGUCUAUUACUUUGUCAAAUAUUUCCGAAGUAUCUAAUACAGAAUUAACGACGAAUUCUUUGCAAGGAAAUACAGGAAAAAUAAAUAUGUCACAAACUGAUAAUACUCAAAUAUAUGAUCAUGAAUUAAAUGCAGCAAAAUCUGUGAAUACAUCAUUACAGUGUCAAUCAGAAUAUCCAAAUUCUGAUGAUAUGCAGGAAUCUCAUUGGAAAGCAUCAUCAAAAUAUCAAACACACUCAUUUCGUAGAAAACUGAUUAAAUCAAGAUGGUCACAUAGAAAUCAUAGAUACGCGUAUAAUAGAUCACAGAAUGAAUCAACAAGAUUUAAUCAGCAUUUGCAUAGAAAUAUAAUGCCUUUAAAUCAAGAUUCACAAUAUAAUGUAUUAUCUUCGUUUGAUAUAAACAGAUCUCGAUCGCAAUUUCCUACAAUGGCAAAUGUAAUACAUAAUAAGGAUAAUUCGCAAAGUAUCACUUCAUGCGUAGAUCAUAGUAGUGUACCUUUGGUACCUGUUAACAUUUCUUCAAGUCAAGAAGAUAUUCUACAAACAAUGCCAGUUUUUAAUCCAUGGGAGUCAUCUACUGCAUUAAAUUAUAAUCCACAUAAAGAGCAAAUAAUGAAUGUACCUAAUUUUAAUCCUCAACAACCACCACCAAAUUUUAAUAAUCCAAAAGGCACAUUACCAUUAUCGUCUGUAUUCGAUCAACAACAAUAUCUUUUGCCUGAAAGUCCUUUGCAAACAAGUGCACAUCAUCAUCAUCCCACUUCAAGUCCCACAUCUUCGAGUCUUUUAUCAACUGCUUCAAUAAACUUCUCCCCAAUAUUAACUCAUACAGCAUCUAUACAACAAAUGACACUUCAUGAUACAGUAACAUCAUCUGCAACGAUAAGCAAAGCUGAACAUCAAGCAUUGCUUUAUAACAAGGCACCAAAUUCUGCUCCAAUUUCCAAUUCAGAUAAUCAAAUGAAGGAUGAAUUUCAAGAGAUACAAGAGGCAGCAAUACAGUUUGCAAAACAAGCUAAUAUAACAGAUGAUAAAGUAAAUAUUGAUACAUCUGUAAAACAACAAGAAGAUAUUAAUGAUGUAUUGCCAUCUUUUACACAAAUACAUGAAAAUAUUAAUAAGGAAAAGGAACAAGAAUCGAAUUUCAGAAUAACCGAAUCUCACGGAUCAUCUAACUUUGAACAUGAAAAACAAACAUUAAAUGAAAAUGAUAAUGUUGAAGAAAGUACUUUUGCAGAUAAAGAGACUCGACCAAAAGUAAUGUUUCAUUUAAAUCCCAAAUUAAAGAAAAUAAAUAAGCAAGGAAAACAGCAUCAGAGCAUUGAAGAUGGCGAGAGAGAACGAUAUAGUUCUUGUAUAUUUCCACCAAAUGAUUCCGAUCAAAUAUAUGCAAAAGAAUAUUCUAAUCAGAAGCUUGAGGAAUGUGCUGCUAAUGAAAUGAUUAGAAGUAAUCAAGAUAAAACUUGGAAACAUAAUAUAGAAGUAAAAGACAUUGAUACAAUAAAUAAUCUUAUUGACGAAUCACAAAGGUCUUAUUCAGAGUCUCGAAUUUCUGUAACUUCUGAUAAUUUGAUCAUGCAAAGAGCUCAAGAUUUUAUAAAAAGAAGAAAGAAAGUAGAAUCUCCUCCUGUGGCUGAAUCUUCAUGGAAAAAUAGAAUUAUCAAUCGUUUUUUGAAAAUGAGUAAAAAUGAUAUUCGUAACAUGAUCAAUAAUUCUAGUCUUCGAAAGUUUAAUAUUGCCAUGGAACAUCUUGUUAAAGAAAAAAAAUCAUUAUUGUCAUUAGAGAUGCGAAAUACUGAAGAUGAAAAAAUAAAAAGUUAUGAUAGACAAGAAUUCAUGGAUCAAUUAAAUGCAAUGCUAGAUCCAGCGGCUAUCGUUGAUAUUACUAAUUUACCUACAGACUUUAUUCAUCAUUUAAGUGAAGUAUUACAACUUGAUGUCAUGCCUCUAGAAUCAAAUGAAAAUGUUCUUCAUUAUACUAAUGAUAAAUGUCAAAAUAAUCAUUCACAUGUAUCUUCUAAUGAAGAAGAAAUACUAAACAAUAAUAUUAUUUCAGAAAAUAUUCAUUUAGAAGAAAUAAAAGACGAAGAUAAUAUAGUUUCAUCUUCUAUCAUUGCAGAGUCAAAUAUUAAGAGCAAUGAUGAUAAUAUAGCUUCUUCAAUUACAAGUUCUUCAUCUAAAACCAAUAAUAAUACAAUAUUAAACUCUAAUGAAAUGUUUUCAAAGACACCAUUGGAAAAUAAUGAUCUAGAAAUUGAUCAUUACAUCAAUAAUAUACACGUAGCAGAGAAAGAUAUUACACGAAAAGACAUUGAGAAAAGAAAAAUACAUCCGUUGCGCGUUCUGCCUGAUGUAGGUCAUAUACUUGGAACUGUUACUAGAAAAGCAUCAGCAGCAGGCGAAUCAAAAUCAAUAAAUUUGGAAGAAAAAUCAAAGUCUACAAUGAAAGGAACAAAUAAAACAUGCGAUGAAAUAGGAAAAAGCUCAAUACCCACAGAUCAACUUACAUCAAUAAAUCCUACAUCAUUUACUUCCAAAGCAAAGAUUUUGGAUUCUAGCAAACAACAUGAAUGUAAUUCAGGAAAUGCAUAUAUAUCUAAGUCUAAAAGAUAUAAUAGAUGGUGGACUAGAAGAGAAAGAGAUGAACCAGAUGCCUUUAGAAAUCUUACGAAGGAAGAAUGGGAGGCUAAACAUGGGAAAAAGAUGAAAAGUUCUUCAGCAUGUAAUUUUUCCAAAACACACACAAGUAGAUAUAGCGAUAAUACAAAUGUAACUAAUAAAAAAUAUAAUAGUAGAAGUUCCUAUUGUAAAAAUUAUUCAUCUCCGCGCUCAUUUAAAACAAAUACAAGUUUUUCCAAUCGGAAAAGUGCAUUUAGCAAGAAAGUAUCGAAAAAGGAUAAUGUAGAAAAUGAUUAUAAUGCGAGCAGUUCAAGUUCAAGUUCAAGUUCAAGUUCAAGUGAGACUAACGAUACUAAUAGUACAAGUAGCGAAGAUAGAACACCAUCGGAUGUUGCCAAACUUCUUAAGGUAAUUAAAGAAAAAGAAAAGAUAGCUAAAAAUAAAUCAUUGAAUGAAACAAUAAGAGAUGAAGUAACAGCUGAAAUUCAUCGUAAAUGGAAUGCGGAAGAUAGAAAAAGAAAAUAUCAUAAGAAGGAUAAAAGAAGGAAAGAGACAAAAUUCAAAUAUGAGGAAGAGAGAAAAAAAAGAAAAAAGAAAAUAUCUGAAAGUAGUUCUAAUUCUGAUAACAAUCAACCUUGUACACCUAACUUACUUACAGAAAUGGAAAUUAAGAAAGAAACUAACGUUAAAGAAGAAUUCGAUGUUGCCAUAGAAGAAGAUUUCGAAUCUAAUAUACAUAAUAUAAAUAAUACGUGUUCUAAAAAGCAGGAAACAGUAAAAACCGUGGAUAAAAGCGUUGAUAAAAGCGUGGAUAAAAGCGUGGAUAAUAAAAAAAUAAUGUUGGAAAAUGCAGACAAAUGUACAAUAAAAGAGAGUAAUAAAAUAACACUGGUCCCAACAAUAAUACAAUUAAAACCGCAAUUACAAUUAAUGGCAGAAACAUCAAAAUCUGUAGAAGAAACGGAAUUUAUGAAAAAUACGGCUAAAAUAGUCUCCAAUGCGAAAUGUCAUGAACAAAAUAAAACACCUGCGUUGAAUAAUGAAGACAAACAAAAAAUCAUUUUAAAGAAAUGCCAUAAAGAUGAAAAUACAUCAAAAAGAAAUGAAGAAGAUUUGGAGUGUCCAAAUAAUAAUACAUUAACAAAUGUUUCAGAAACAGAGCAGCACACUGUUCUUCAUAAUAAUGAUAAUACAACGAAGAAUUUAACUAAUACAUUAUCAUCCAUUGUAAAGGAACAAAGUAGUGGUAAGGAACAAAUGUUUCAUGCAGAAAAAGAAGCAUUAUCCUACAGUCCUAGCAUUCCUACAGUUCAGCCUACAGUUGAGCCUACAGUUGAGCCUACAGUUCAAGAAUCAAAUAGAGAAAAGUUAAUAGAUAAUAAAGUAACAUCUAAAAAGAUAGAUAUAAAGGCAUACAAAGCACGUAAAUUACAACGAAAUAUGAACAAUGAGGAAAAAAUAAAUGAGGAAAAAGCAGUAACAAGUAAUAAACAUGCAAUAAAUAAUGACACGUUUAAUGAUAGCUUCUCAAAGUCAAUAAUAGAGGAAACACAGAAACCAGAUAUUGACGUUUCACCAAAAACUAUGUCUUCUAAUGCAAAUUUGAAAGAUACAAAUUCUAUUACACAAACGAAUAAGAUAUCAAGAGAUUGUAAUAAAUUUAAAAAUAUUAAAUCAGAAGGAAGUAGGGAAUUAAAAUUGAAAAAGGAAAAACUAGAGAUAUCAAGUGUUAAUGAUGACAAAAUAAAUAAUACUUCUGAUGUUUUGAAAUCUUUCAAAAAUGAAGUUGAAAAUAAUGAGGAGGUGGAUGUUACCAGUGGUAAACACGAAAAUGUACAAUUUAUUACUGAUCAUUUAUUAUUAGCAGCAACAAAUGCAGAAUGUCCAAUAGAGAAAGUUUCUAUUAAAAAUGAGGAAAUUUCUGUUAAUUGUAUUAUACCGUCGACAAGUGAAAAUAAUGAGACCAUUAAUAAUGAUUUUAAUAAUGCUAAAUCAACGGAUAAGGAAAAAUAUAUAGAAACAUCAGAAAUAACAAAUAACAUCCAAAGUAAAAACACUGACGAAAGAAGAGCCAUAUCUUCUUCCAACGAAAUAUCUGUGGAAUCAAAAAUAUGUCCUUUUAUAAAUACCGAAGAGAUUAAUUUGCCAAAAAAUGAAAGUAAGAAGCAGGCCCAAGAAAACAUAGAACCUUGGGAUUUACCAACAUUUCAUGAAAAUAUAACAAAUUUAGAAAAAGUGUCCAAAUGUAUAGAAUCUUCUGUUGAUUUUCAAUUGAAUAAAUCUCUUGAACAAGGUGAAUCAUACAAGGAUAUGAAAGUAUCAAAUAAUAACACAAGUAUUACUAAUAUAAAUGUAAUUCCUCAAAGUAAACAAGGUAGAAUUCUAGAAGGAGACACUGUAAUAGUGAGUCAGAUUAAUGAAAAUUUAUUAGAAAAUCAAAACAAUCUUAAUAUUGGAAAGAAUAUAAUAAAUUCUACUUCAAACAUUGAUGAAGAAAUUAAUAGCAAUUCAAUAAAAAGUAAAUUAAAUUCACCUGAAAGUACUAGUAGUCCAUUUAAGGGAUUUGUUGAAUCCAAUAGCUAUCAAAACAUAUUGCAUUUAGAGACACAAAAUACAGUUAUUCCUAGAAAAGAUAUUGCUAUAAAAGAUGAAGAACACAUUGCAAAAGAAUUGCAAUCAUCUUCUAAUGAUAAAUUUCAUCUGCAUAAUAUAAGUUAUGAAGAUACUUCAUAUAAUAAUAUUUCUUUUGAAAGUAGUCUCAAAGAUUCUUUAAAGACAGUUCAACAAUUGAAUAAAGAGGAGACAGGAGAAUCAUCUGAUAGAAAAGAUUUCAGGAUAAACGAUAGUGCAGUAAGUACUACAAGUAAAAGAUAUGCAGAUAAUAAAUAUGCUGAAAAUUCUAAAAAUAAUGAGAUAAAUACAAAUAGUUUUCAACACUCUGAAUACUCGGUGGAAAAUAACGAAUCUAUGCCAACAAUAAAUGUUGAAAAAAAUACUGACAAUGAGCGAGAUGAAAUAUUUCUCGAAUUAUAUGAAUGUGAAGAUAAUGCAGUAAUGGAAAAGCCAGAUAUUGAUAUUGUAAAAGAUUCUUUAGUUAAAGAAAAACAACCAUCAGGUGAAAAAGACAUUUUAGAUUUUCUACCUACAUCAGAUAUAAAUAAUACAAUAGAUUCUUCUUCAUUCAGUAAUAUAUCAAAUGAAACUUUGAAUAAUAUAAUUAAUACUGACACUGAAUCAUCUUUAGCUUCGCUAAUUAAUAGCAACACAAUUGGAAAUAAUAACUUGGCUGAUAUGCCAAACCAGGAUAAUAUUGGAGAUUUUGUUAUUAAUAUUAACUCGGGUAGAAAAGGAAACACAAAUGACAAUAAUUCAUACUUAAAUAAUGAUAUUUUUACUAAUUUGAAUUAUAAUUCACUUUUGUCUACGGAAAGACUUCGGAAAUCGUCCAUACACGAUACACCAAAAAAGUUAACAUUUCCAACAAAAGCUUCUUUAAAAGAAACAACAAAUAUUACUGCAAUUAUGGAUUCUGUCAAAGAAGCUAUGAAAUUGAAAAAAUCUAAUUUAACAGAACAUGACAAUCAGAACACAGAUCAUUUGAUAAGUGAUGAUCAGAUAUCUCAGAAAGAAAAUAUUGAUAAUGCAAUUGUCAAUUUGGAGCAAGAUAAAUCUUCACAAGAUGUAAAUGUAUUAUUAUCAUCAUCUCAAACUGUUUUGAAUAAAGGAAAAACAAUACAGGAUGAAACUUUGAUUCCAUCUAGUCAUACUAGUUUAAUUAAAGAAUUAAUAGAUAGUAAAAAAGUAUAUAAUCCUGUCGUUCAAUCAGAAAGAAUGAAAGAAACAAAUAGACCGAUAACAGAUACAAUACAAUACUAUGUUGAGACAAAUAAAAUUGAUGAGGUAGAUGACAUAGUAGAUACACAAAAGCAAGCUCAAACGAGUAAUAAUACUUUACAUGUUACAAACAAAAAUAUAAAAGAAGAAAUAAUGGCUAGAAUGAUAGAGAUAGAUGUGGAAAUUCAUAAAUUAAUGACAGAAAAAAUGACUUUAUAUCAAAUGUUAGAAAACGAUUCUUUAGUAUUAAAUAAGUUUGCAUUAACUACUAACAAUUUAGGGAUAGAAACGAAUAGAGACAAAACAUUAAUAAAACUUCAGACGUCAUCUACUUUAACAUCGCAUACAAUGGAAAAUACAGAGCUAAGCUCUGUGUCUAAAAUGAUUCAAGAUGAAAUAGAAGAGCCAAUAAUUACUAAUAUUAAUGAGAAUAAAGAAGACAAAUCUUUAAGAAGAACAGAAGAAAAUAUCAAUUGCACAAGAAACAUUUCAUCUGAUAAUUCUAAAGAUAGAUUAUUAUCAGAAUGCAGUGGAAGUUCGCAAUCGUCGUUACCGUUAAUAUCUAAAGAUGAAAAUGAUAAAGUACUAUCUGAAAAUCAAGUUGAUGAAUCGACUGAAAGUCUGGAUACAUGUAAUUCUAUAAGAGAAACCUCGAGUAGUGGUAGAAAUAGUACAUCACCGAUGAUUAGUAUGACAAAAUCAUAUAAAGAAAAUCAGCAAGUAGAACCUAAAAAUAAUAAUUCAACGCAAGCAUCCUUAAUAUAUUCUGAUGAUAGUACUUGGGGAUCUUUUGCACAAUUAUCUGAAAAUAUGGAAGAGAAGAAACAUAACAUUGGUCUUGCUCUUUUAGAGGAAACAUAUAAACGAGAAAUGGCAGAACAUCGAAAAUUAAAAGCAAAUGCACGUAAAAAGAAAAAGAAAGAACUACAUAAGUUCUUGAAAAGUGUCAAUUAUUUAACACCCGAAGAAGAAGACAUUCCUUUGAAUGCAUUGUAUAUUAAAAAACUGCAACAAAAACGAGAUCUACUUUAUUCAUUGGAUGACAUGAAAGAAAAUUCAACAGCUAUUGAUAACUGCGAAAAUUCAUUUCAAUCCGAAAAGAUUUGGGAACAUGCAAUAGAGGUAAUAAAUGCCGUUGCAGAGGAUAGAGUAAAAGACUUAUAUGAGGAAAACAAUGAAGAAAAAGUGAAUGAAAAUUUAAACACAUCGUCAAAUAAAAUAAGGCAAAAUGAAGGUACCAAAUACUUGGCAAAAUCUUUACAGAAUUCCAAUGAAAAGGAACCUACUUGCUCUUCAUUAAGUUAUGAUCAAAAGAACAAUUCUAUUAAACAUUCAUCGAAUAUUACAGAUGAGAAUGUAAUUCAACAAAGACAAAUAGAAAUAAGUAAAACAGAAGAAGAAAAGAAUGCAAUUAAAGACAUUGAAGUACAAUCUAGUACAGUUUCUCCUUGUAAUAAUCAAGACGGGAAUUUGGAUAUAAAAAAUAUGUCAAUUGAUGGUGAUAUUAGUCAACAGAAAACUUCUUUGAUCGAUGAAACCUUCACUACUAGUCAUUUUAAUAUACCUCUUCUUACAGAUGCUAAUCAAUUAAAUGUUACAAAAGAAAAAUUAUUCAAUAAGGAUCAGAGUAAUCAUACAUUGCAAAAAAUUGUAAUACCUGAAAGCAGAAACAAUUCUAUAGAAGUUAUAGAAAAGAGUUUCAAAGGAUCUGCUGUUGCUGCUGCUGUUGCUGCUGCUGCUGUUGCUACUGCUGAUGAUGAGAAAGAAGAUUGUUUAGUAAAUCAGAAUACCACUGUUAAUAACUUAACAUUUGAAAAACUUAAAUAUAAUAGUAAAACAGAAGAAACUAUUAAACAAAAAACAGAAGAUAAAGAAAUGAAGAUACCAAAAGUCAUAUACGAAACAGAUGAAAUUACUUCAAAUAUACCUCAAAUUAGUAAUAUUCAAGAUAAUAAAACAUUCAAAUGUAAAGUCAGUAAUAAAAAUGCUUCAAUACAUAAGAGUUCAAAGUCUAGCGAGGAUAAUAUAAAGCAUUUAAAACAUGAUGAUACUAAUUCAAAUGAAGGAACAGAUUCAAGAAUAUCUUCAAUACAUCAAGAACUUGAGAAUACAUUUUUGAAUAUAAAACGUAAUCGUAAGUUUCACAAGUUAGAAAGUAGUAAGGAUAUAAAAUAUACCAAACCUGUAGAAGAUGAAUCAUCCAUGAAAUAUCAGACGUUCAUAUUGAAAGAGAAUGUAAUCGAACGGUUUUCACCUGAUGUUGAUUAUCAAUUAUUAACACCUAAAAUAAAAAACAUUGCAGUUAAAAGAAAAAUACAUAACGAAUCAGAAAUGAUGAAUUGCAAAGUAAGAUUAGUUGAUAUAUUUAAAUCAAAUAUUUAUCAAGACAUUAGAGAUAAAUUUAAAUCUCAUAUACCUACUUACAAAUCUGCUGCAAUAGAAGAUACGAUAAAUUUAGCACAUUUUGCUACAUCAUCUAAAACUAAUUCUUCGAUUAUAGAAACAAAUAAGUCUAAAGAUAUAAGAAAAAUAACAAAUAUAUCUAGCAAUGUGCAAGAAGAAACUUCGACGAUUUUAUGUCAAAAUGAAGUAAUAAAAACAUGCAAUGUUUUGGAUCAUAAAAAAGAAUUCAAAUGUUAUCCUAAAGUAAAUCCAUUACUUGAUGAUAAACAUUUAUCCUUGGAAUCUAAUAACAAAGGCACAUCAGCAACAUCAAUAAAAGCUGUUCCUUCAAUUGUCAAGAUGAAAAUUGAAGAUCAAAAUGAACAACUCGAUAUUACAAUUGUAGAAGAAAGAAAAAAAGAUAGUCGUCAUUGUAUAGUAGAUUUACAUAAUGAUGAGGAAAUACCAUUAUUAGACGAAAUAACAAAAACUGAACAGCCAUUGAGAACACAAUAUAUAGCUCAUAAAGGGCCUAUAUUAGAUAUUAAGUUUGAGGUAUUUGGUGAUACAUUUCUGGCAGCCAGCGAAGAUGGUUCAAUAUAUAGAUACAGUCAAAAAUCUAAUGAAAUAUUGAAUAUUUAUAAAGGUCAUAGAUCAGCAGUUACGUGUAUGUACAUCCACGAAAUAAGUAAGCUUGAUUAUACAAAUAAUUGGGUAUAUACAGGAUCUUUGGAUGGAACCUUACGUUGUUACAAUGUUAAGACUGGCACGCAACUUAAUAAUAUUGCAAAUGUUGGAAGUCCUGUUCAGUGUAUGGAUCAAGCUUGGGGUAUAAUUUUUAUUGGUACUAAAUCAGGACAUGUUUCUCGUUUUCAUAUAAAGUUUGGUGCUAUAAAAGGUGAUAGCAUACAAUUUUCUGAUAAAUCAGUACUAGCUUUGAAAGCAACAAAUGAAGGUCCACGAAAAGUUCUCAUUGUAGCAUCGCGUAAUCAACCAAUAACAAUACGCGACGCACAGAAUGGAUUGUUUCUUCGGACAAUUUGUGGAGAAAAAAAUCAUACAGUCUAUAGUUUAAUGCAAAAUAACAAUUUGAUUUAUUGCGGUACAAGUAGUACCUCGAUACUUGUUUUUGAUUUCACCAAUGGAGAACAAAGAGCACGAUAUGAUGCAGGUGUAGGUAUCGUUUGUAUGCGACUCUAUCAUAAGCUUUUAUUUGCUGGCUGUUAUGAUGGAAACAUUUAUGUUUUUAAUAUUCAGGAUCAUAAACUAGCUUGUAGUAUACCUGGACCAGGAAAUAUGUUACUAAGUAUGGAAGUUGUCGACAAUAAGAUUAUAGCCGGUAGUAAAGACAAACGGCUGCAAAUGUGGCAGAUACCGAAGCAAUUACAAGUGGUAUUACGUGAAAUGUCAUAACAAGUAUAAAUUGCACAUAAAUCUAGUCUCAUGUUGAGGAUAGUAUUGGUCUAUAAUUUACUUCUUUGAAGGCAAUGUACAGUAUACCUGAUAUAAGUUCAAUUGCAUACGCAUGUUAUAUAUAUAUAUAUGUUUAAUUGAAAUUAUAAAGGGCAUACCCAAAACUAAAAACUUGUCAGGUAAAUAUUUUCUUUUAGUAAGGAUACUACAUUCAACAACUACUCGUUGCAGACAAUUUCAAUAAUCUUACUUGGCUAUGGCCUUUAUAUUCGUAGAAAGAUAGUAGUGUACACAACACUGACUGCACAUAUUUAUAUUUAUAAGUAAAUUUGUACAGAAAUUAAAUUAUUAUUAUAAAUAUAAGGAUUAGUCGUCAAUAGAAGAAAUUAAACAAACAAAUCUCUAUUCUUUAAAAAUAUAAAGAAAAGAAGUAAUUCUUAUAUUUAAUUGUCAUAUAUUGAUAUGCCAUGAUUGCUGAUAUUGAUGUAAUAAUAAUUAAUUAAAUCACUAUAAAUUAAUAUGAUAUGUAAAAUAAACCUCAAGUGCCUUGUGCACAUUAGAAAAUUUUUGUUUUCUCAAAAUGAGAUAAUCUUUUUUGUAUUAUUUUAUUUUUACAUAUGAAUACUUCUUCAAAAUUACACAAAUUAUGCUUUAGAUGAUUUUUACACAGAAAUAUGCAUGAAUGUCUAUUUUAUAUAUUAGAUAUAUUUGUAAAAGAUCAUUUUACUUUGUUUAGACUUUAUUUUAAGGAUUAAAUAGUAUUUUAUAAAUAAUUAU